AUGGUCGAGAGUGCCAGUGUUAAAGACGAAUUGCAUGAGUGCAUUGGUCAAGGCGUAGUGCGGAGCAUGUCGGACGUGUUCCUCGGAGCAGAUACGCCAGUCGGAGAGCUGGAGGGCCCCCUACUCGCGAGCUGUGAAGACGGUAUUGACUCGUCAGACCGUAGCCUCACGCAUAACAGAUUCCAGUCAAGUAGCGUCUACUCGCUCAUCGCGAACGACGUCCCUCAGAACCUCGUCGUGGCAGCCCUCGUUCUACGGUAUUCGGAUACCACUACAAGGAACAAUCUCAGGCUGACGUGUCGAGCGUGGUACAAUGCUGUUGGCUUUUUUGCACGGCCUACACGCCCAGCUUCUGUCAGACUACCUACCGAAAUACUACUCAAUGUCUACAACGACCUCUCCGCGAAAGACUUCAACGCUGCUCGGCGAACUUGUCGAGGUUGGAUGUUGGCAAGCCUGAACAAGAGUCUCCUCAUCACGAUGUUGCGCCGUGGAGGCUGGUAUGACGACGGCCGGACGAAGGACGAUGAUGCCACGCGAAACCACUCGACUACCGAAUCCAGCCAUGAGUGGAUUCUCAGCCGACGACUGUCACGCCAGUGUGCUCUAGCCGCUCAUUGGACUGGCAAUGGACUGGAUGCCAGGCCUGCGGUUGUGGAACAUUCCAAUAUUGACUUCUCAGAGCUAGCCCAUGGCUAUGCUUGUCAGAAAACAAGAGCCAGCGGUGGCCUUAUAUUCACGUCAAGUGUCUGCGGCAAGUAUCUGCUCGUUGCGAAAGAUACUCUGAUCUACAUUUACGGUCUGGAGGAUGGGCUGUUGCGACCGCUUACCAGCGUGGUGUGUCCGAGGAGGAUCCUGACCAUGAGCAUGGACGCUUCUGUGGGGCGGGAUGCUGUUGCCGCUCUCUUGGAGGGGAGGAUGGGCAUGGUAUGCGAGCUCCGAUAUGGUCAUCCAGCGCCGGAGCCCAGUCCUGGUGAACAUUGCGUCGAAGGCGACGUCCGUCCAUCCCAGAUGAGCACUCCAUCUUCGAGAGCCACUGGGGUGAUGGGAGAUCUACACGACACGAUAAAUCCUGCAGAACCCAGUCCGCCUUUACUGCCUCGCAGUUUUCCGUACGACGAAAAGUCCGACGUGGAUUCCUUCAACGCGAUCGAGCUGAAGACGCACGACCAAGGGUUCAGUCUCCGAGGCACCGACGACACGCGCGCCCAUGAUCGAAACCUGAUUACUCAAACGUGGAAUCUGAGCCUUCGCAGACCGUUGAAGAAUCUCCGAUCCAACUCCAAGGCAACCGUGCCUGUGCAGAGCAUACCCAUUGAAAGCGGCACGUCUACCUUCUACCGACAUCUGUGCUCUGAAGACGACCCGCCGCGCAACGUCUCGAUAUGCCCGCAACGCCGUUGCGUUGCAUUUGGGUGCUCUGCAGGCAUAGAGCUACACUGGAUUGACGCCCUGACUGGACAGAGCUUGAGCCGCUGGUUCCCACUUACUUCACCGAGCGACCAUCUAUACUUCCUCUCGCCUCGCUCAGGGUUCGAAUCAGCCAAGAAGCUACGCCUGAUUUCGAGUGCCGCACACCCCAGCCAUCGCCCAGCCAUCAGCCGGCGACUGUUCAACCAUGCGGCCAAAAGAUCUUUCUGGGGCUCGUUUGGCUUGGAGUCACACUCGGUCCACGCGCCCAACUGCGAUCACUACCACGCCGUGCCGCUGAGUGACGGGCACCACGUCCUCUUCAUCGAUGCAUCCGACGGCCGGCUCGCGCUGGGAUGUGACGCACCGCUAGGUGGACCUACGAAGCUAGUGCGCAAGCUUGUCUUCCACCCGCCAGCAGACAAGGUUGUGCCGCGUAUAUACACGGCAGCGGCGGACAUGUCUUGCGGAGCUCGAAUCGUAGCCGUCUACGACAACACCAUGAUGCUGUACAGCGUCCCCCCAGCGGUCCUCGGUCUCUCCCGGCUCGAGCAGGCAGCAGAGGGCUGGGACGUGUACAGCGCGCCCCCUUUGUCGCCAGGGGGUAGACACCCAGACCACUGGCUCAACUGGUGGGAGGAAGGCCCCGAUCACGGCGCCGACCGUCCCGUCUGGCCGGUUUACCUCUCAGGCACCAUGAUCGGCACACUGCCUGGCAUCUGCGAGCUGGCGAUUCACACACAUCCCGAUGUCCUCAUCUGGGCUUUUACACUCUCGUCGCACUGCACGACGUGGCGGCUGCGCAACUCGGCUGAUGCUGUCGUACGGUCGACGCAGCGCCUCGAUCGCAGCGGCCUUGUGCACGAGGCGUACCAAGUCGAUGGAGAGGGCGACGUGGUCAUAGGAGAUGCGCCGCCGUCUGCUGGCGCGGGCCAUGUUCCUGGAGAUGCAGACGAGUAG